AUGAUAUUAUCUUCAAUCUUGGAAACACUUGGAUCCCUCAACUAUGAAGAGGCCUUUUCUAAACGUGGCUUAUUAAGUACAAUUGUGGGAAUAUUCCUGGGUCUAAUAGUUUCAACUACUGUUAAUGCAACUUUAGUUGAAAUAAGUUUAUCACCUUUUUUCUCCACGUACUUUGGCCUUCUAUUUGUAAUAAUUGGAGGACUGAUAUUUUGGAAAGUAUAUGUAACAAUUAUUUCAGAUGAAGAGAACGGUAUAAAUAAGCGAACAUUUCUAUUAACUUUUGCUUCACUGAUUAUAUUUUCCGGUUUUAUCUGCUUUAUCCUUGAGAAUGAUUGGUUUCUUGGAAUAACACCAAUAGUUAGAGUACCAAUUUAUACAAUUCUCGGUCUUUCCAUUUCAUUUGCAAUUGCAUUCUCUCUCGUAGAUAUUGUUAAUUAUAUUUCUGGUUUUAUUCUCAGUAACGACAGCCCACUAUUGGUUAAUUCAAAGGCACAAAUAAUAUUUGUUAUUUGUUCUUCAUUAUUUAUUGGAAUUAUCUUUGGAUUCUUAUUUGGACUCGUUGAAGAUUCACACGAGCAAAUUCACUAUGUUAACAUUUCUCUAAUGAAACAAAAGCAUUAUUGUUAUACGAUUGGAGUUAUAGUAGGUGCAUUGUGUGGAUUUGGUAAUGAAGUAAUUAGGUUAUCUGAUAGGUCUUAUAUGAUUGUUGGCAAAACUGUGUAUGAUUCAGAUGUUUAG